UGGUCAGGAUUUUAUCGCAGAUGUUAGUAAUAAUGGCUAACUAUAAGUAAAUUGGCUCCACAUUAUCUUUUGUGAAUUUUCUUUUGGAAAAGACGGGAAAAGUAGCCUAAAAGCUAGCUAUUUCAGCAAUGUGGCUUCUCCCUGUUAUAGUAAUUACGGUAUUGUAGCAUUAUGGGAUUGGUGAGAGCUGCAUGUGUGGUUCGUUUUAGAAAUAUUGCCCUUACAACCAUGGCUCAGCACAAAUUCAUUGAUAUCGGUGUCAACCUGACAGAUCCCAUGUUUAGAGGACUCUACAGGGGGAAGCAGAAACAUGACGAUGACUUCAAUCAGAUCAUCGACAGAGCUCUCAGAAUCGGAGUCGAAAAGUUUAUGAUCACAGGAGGAAGCCUUGAAGACAGCAAGGAGGCCCUUAAACUAGCUGAGACCAGAGAUGAGUUCUACUGCACGGUCGGCUGCCAUCCCACCCGCUGCAGUGAGUUUGAGCAGAGUGGAGAAUCGCAGUACUUCUCAGGGCUGAGGGAGCUGGCAGCAGCACACAGAGGAAAGGUGGUGGCCAUCGGAGAGUGUGGACUCGAUUUUGACAGGUUGGAAUUUUGCCCAAAAGAGACUCAACUAAAAUACUUUGAGAAGCAGUUUGACCUGGCAGAGGAGACCAAGCUGCCCAUGUUCCUCCACUGCAGAAACUCCCAUCACGAGUUCAUCGACAUUAUGAAGAAAAAUAGAGACCGAUAUGUUGGAGGAGUGGUCCACUCAUUUGAUGGGACUGCAGAGGAUGCUGCUGCCCUCAUUGACCUGGACCUCUAUAUUGGAAUAAAUGGAUGUUCCUUGAAAACAGAGGCCAAUAUUAAAGCUAUGAAGUCUAUCCCCACUGAGAGACUCAUGAUAGAAACAGAUGCUCCGUGGUGUGGCGUGAAGAACACUCAUGCAGGCUCCAAAUGCGUUAAAACUACAUUUCCCACGAAGAAGAAAUGGGAGACGGGGCACUGUCUGAAGGACAGGAAUGAGCCCUGUCACAUCAUUAUUUGUCUCUUCCAGACAAGUUCUAGAGGUGAUGGCAGCAGCGAGGGAAGAGGACCCGCUGGAGCUGGCCGACAUAAUCUACAACAACACCAUCAGAGUCUUCUUCAGCUCCAGCUGAUGAUGAUCCAGUUUAAACCUUCAUGAAACUGACUGAUAUGGUCUUAUUUUACUUCAAGACUUGAUGAAGGCUUCUUCAUGAAUGAAUGUGUGUGUAGUGAAACAAAUGUGUGUGUGUCUGAAUGAUGGGUCCAGGGGUAAAACUCUCCCAUUGCCAAUUUUGAAAAGUCAAAUAGCUUGUGAAAUAAAAAAUUGUUUUUAAAUUA